GUCACGUGCCGUGACAGCCGCCGGGGUGAGGCCGCCGUGGUCCGCCGGGCUGGUUGGGGCUGUGACCGGGGGAGGCGGCGCGGGGAUGGCGGUGGAGACUCUGUCCCCAGACUGGGAGUUCGACCGCGUGGACGACGGCUCGCAGAAAAUUCAUGCUGAAGUCCAACUUAAGAAUUAUGGGAAAUUUCUUGAGGAGUAUACGUCUCAAUUGAGAAGAAUUGAGGAUGCAUUGGAUGAUUCAAUUGGUGAUGUUUGGGAUUUCAAUCUUGAUCCAAUAGCAUUAAAGCUUUUGCCUUAUGAACAGUCUUCCCUUUUGGAACUCAUAAAGACUGAAAACAAGGUCUUGAACAAGGUCAUCACUGUUUAUGCUGCACUUUGUUGUGAAAUCAAGAAAUUAAAGUAUGAGGCUGAAACUAAAUUUUAUAAUGGUCUCUUGUUUUAUGGAGAAGGAGCUACAGAUUCCAGCAUGGUGGAAGGUGAUUGCCAAAUUCAAAUGGGAAGAUUUAUUUCAUUCUUACAGGAACUGUCUUGUUUUGUUACGAGGUGCUAUGAAGUGGUGAUGAAUGUAGUCCAUCAGUUGGCUGCCCUCUAUAUCAGUAACAAGAUUGCACCCAAAAUUAUAGAGACAACUGGAGUUCAUUUUCAGACUAUGUAUGAGCACUUGGGAGAGUUGCUAACUGUUUUGCUUACCCUGGAUGAAAUUGUUGAUAAUCAUGUCACAUUGAAAGAGCACUGGACUAUGUAUAAAAGGUUACUGAAAUCUGUCCAUCACAAUCCUUCAAAAUUUGGAAUUCAAGAAGAAAAACUAAAACCAUUUGAAAAGUUCUUGCUGAAGCUAGAAGGGCAGUUACUUGAUGGAAUGAUAUUUCAGGCUUGUAUAGAACAGCAGUUUGACUCUCUCAAUGGAGGAGUAUCUGUGUCAAAAAAUAACACUUUUGCUGAAGAAUUUGCACAUAGUAUUCGCUCAAUUUUUACAAAUGUAGAAGCCAAACUUGGAGAACCUUCUGAAAUUGACCAGAGAGACAAGUAUGUUGGAAUUUGUGGACUUUUUGUACUGCAUUUUCAAAUUUUUCGAACUAUUGAUAAAAAGUUUUAUAAGUCUUUAUUGGAUAUUUGUAAGAAGGUACCAGCCAUCACUCUAACUGCUAAUAUUAUUUGGUUUCCUGAUAAUUUUUUGAUCCAGAAAAUACCAGCAGCUGCCAAACUUCUAGACAGAAAAAGUCUUCAAGCCAUUAAAAUUCACAGAGAUACUUUCCUACAGCAGAAAGCUCAAUCACUUACCAAAGAUGUACAGUCUUACUACGUCUUUGUGAGCUCAUGGAUGAUGAAAAUGGAAUCUAUUUUAUCUAAAGAGCAGAAAAUGGAUAAAUUUGCUGAAGACCUCACCAAUAGAUGUAAUGUUUUUAUACAGGGCUUCUUGUAUGCAUACAGUAUUAGUACCAUUAUUAAAACCACAAUGAAUCUCUACAUGUCAAUGCAAAAGCCAAUGACCAAAACCUCGGUUAAGGCAUUAUGCAGACUUGUUGAACUUCUCAAGGCAAUAGAGCAUAUGUUUUACAGAAGAAGCAUGGUUGUGGCUGAUUCGGUUUCACAUAUAACACAGCACCUUCAACAUCAGGCUCUUAAUUCUAUUUCUGUGGCCAAGAAAAGAGUAAUUUCUGACAAAAAAUAUAGUGAACAGCGUCUUGAUGUGCUCUCUGCUUUAGUUUUGGCUGAAAACACUCUAAAUGGACCAAGCACAAGGCAACGGAGACUUAUUGUUUCUUUGGCACUAAGUGUUGGCACACAAAUGAAAACAUUUAAAGAUGAAGAACUCUUUCCACUCCAAGUAGUCAUGAAAAAGCUGGAUCUUAUCACUGAGCUUAGAGAAAGAGUCCAAACACAGUGUGACUGUUGUUUUUUAUACUGGCAUCGAGCUGUCUUCCCAAUUUAUUUAGAUGACGUAUAUGAACAUGCUGUUGAUGCAGCCAGAUUACAUUACAUGUUCAGUGCUUUACGAGACUGUGUACCUGCCAUGAUGCAUGCAAGGCAUUUAGAGUCCUAUGAAAUACUUCUGGAUUGCUAUGACAAAGAAAUUAUGGAAAUUUUAAACGAGCAUUUACUGGACAAAUUAUGCAAGGAAAUAGAGAAGGAUCUGCGACUUUCUGUGCACACUCAUUUAAAGCUGGAUGACCGAAACCCUUUCAAAGUUGGCAUGAAAGACCUGGCCCUUUUUUUCUCUUUGAAUCCAAUUCGAUUUUUCAAUCGUUUUAUUGACAUUCGAGCUUAUGUAACUCACUACCUAGACAAGACCUUCUACAAUUUAACAACAGUAGCUCUUCAUGAUUGGGCCACUUACAGUGAAAUGAGAAAUUUAGCUACCCAGCGUUAUGGAUUGGUUAUGACCGAAGCUCAUCUUCCUAGUCAGACUUUGGAACAGGGACUGGAUGUUUUGGAAAUUAUGAGAAAUAUUCAUAUAUUUGUGUCUCGAUACCUCUAUAAUCUCAACAAUCAGAUUUUUAUUGAACGAACAAGCAAUAACAAACAUUUGAACACUAUUAAUAUUCGACAUAUUGCUAAUUCAAUUCGAACACAUGGCACAGGAAUCAUGAAUACAACAGUUAAUUUCACCUACCAGUUUUUGAAAAAGAAGUUCUAUAUAUUCAGCCAAUUUAUGUAUGAUGAACAUAUCAAAUCUAGAUUGAUUAAAGAUAUUCGUUUUUUCAGGGAAGUCAAGGACCAAAAUGAUCAUAAGUAUCCUUUUGAAAGAGCAGAAAAAUUUAAUCGAGGCAUCAGAAAACUUGGAAUUACCCCAGAGGGACAAAGCUACCUUGAUCAGUUCAGGCAACUCAUCAGCCAGAUUGGUAAUGCUAUGGGCUAUAUACGAAUGAUAAGAUCUGGUGGCCUUCACUGUAGCAGCAAUGCCAUUAGAUUUGUGCCUGAUCUUGAAGAUAUUGUGAAUUUUGAAGAACUAGUAAAAGAAGAAGGUCUUGCAGAAGAAACAUUAAAAGCAGCAAGGCAUUUGGAUUCAGUCCUCAGUGAUCAUACACGAAAUUCUGCCGAAGGCACAGAGUAUUUCAAAAUGCUUGUAGAUGUUUUUGCUCCAGAAUUUCGAAGGCCAAAGAAUAUACAUCUUCGAAAUUUCUAUAUCAUUGUUCCCCCUCUGACCCUCAACUUUGUAGAACAUUCCAUUAGCUGCAAGGAGAAAUUGAAUAAAAAAAAUAAAAUUGGAGCUGCUUUCACUGAUGAUGGGUUUGCCAUGGGUGUGGCUUACAUUUUGAAGCUUUUGGAUCAGUACCAGGAAUUUGACUCACUUCACUGGUUCCAGUCUGUUAGAGAGAAGUACCUGAAGGAGAUAAGAGCAGUUGCUAAGCAACAGAAUGUGCAGUCAGCUAGUCAAGAUGAAAAACUACUACAGACCAUGAAUCUCACUCAGAAGCGCCUGGAUGUCUGUCUACAGGAAUUUGAGUUGCUCUAUUUCUCACUGAGCAGUGCAAGAAUUUUCUUCAGAGCAGACAAGACUGCAGCUGAAGAAAACCAAGAAAAGAAAGAGAAAGAAGAGACAAAAGCAAGCAAUGGAGACCUGUCCGACAGCACUGUGUCUGCAGAUCCUGUUGUCAAAUGAUAUUGAUGGUAUGCAUUGCUCCUAUGAGAUCAUCAGAAUUGUGUCAGUACUGUUGCCAGUGAAAUGAUGUUAAUGAGGUAAUGAUGAGUAUUCCCUGGGCCGCAUUUCUGGUAAUAGGUCGAUGUUGCAACUCUUUAAAGCAGUGCUCUAAAGUUAAGUCUGUUUUUCUUCUAAAGGCUGUAUCUACUUUUCAGAGUUUGAGAAUGAGGUUUUAAAUUGGAUUUUUGCCUGGACUUCAGGCUAGGAGAUGUGCCUGUGGAGAGUUAUUUGAUGUGAAGUUAUAGAAGGGCCAAUCCAAAUUCCUAAACUGCCGCCUCAGAUCUCUUGUAAUCUACAUGAGGGUUUAUAAUUUGUAUUUGCAUAGGUCUUUGAUCCAUAUUUGUCUAAUUGGAAAUUCAGUGCAUAUACUAUGUACAGCCAGCAAAUACAUGUUUAAACAAAAUGCAUUAAGCCUGAAAUUUAUGAAGCAUACAUAUCAAUAUUCUUAUGACAGGAAUAUUUAAAGAUGGUUUUGAUAAUAGAGGUGAGACAUAAGUAUGUUACGUACCGUUCAUGUACAGUGUAGAACUGAUUCAUUGUUAAUUUCAUGUGACUCACAAGAGCUGUCAGUGUCUUUGAGAAGACAUUUUAUAUAACUAGUUUACAUUGCUUUGAGAACAUGUAACCUCCAACAACUGCUUUAAAUUUAAGAUUUACUUAAUACUCAAGAUGAAAGAAAAUUCAGAGAAAGCCAUAGAGUCCUGCUUGAAGCUUCACUUUUGGUUGAAGACACUAUGUAUGAUAUCAGAGAAAAUUAUAUGGAUUUUUAUUUCUACAUCCAAACUCAGGUUUCUUCUACAUUAGGUUGAAUUGAAAUCUUGGUGAUGGUUUGGGCAGACUUUUUCUUUAAACCAAGUAUAAUCUAAGACAUCAGAUUAAUAAGCACUGUGCAGGCUUUUUAAAAAUUACCACUGUGACAAUAAAGUUAUAAUAAAUUAAAUCAUUUACUGAUUUAAAAAUACAGUAAGAUUUUGAGUAAAUUUAGUUCCUGGCAGGCUACUAGCUUUAUUUUUGUAAAGAUUACAUCAGUUAAUAAUUAAAUGGUUAAUCAUGGCCUAUAAGCUUUUAAUAUAAUACAGUUAUACUUUUACAAUGAAAACAAAUUUUAAAACUGUACACAUAAUACUAAUAACAUCAUUUGGGAAAUACUUGAUUUCUCCAUUGCACUUGCCUAUUAAGCAUUUCUUUGGGUAUAUCAUGCAGGGCGUCCUAAUGGUGUUUGAUUUUUCAGCUUUUGGAGUAGGUAUGCAUUUGCCCUAUCUGUAUUCAUUGGUUACUGGCAGGGUAACUGUCCCAGCCCAAGAUAAACACUUUCACUGUUCCAAGUCAGAAGAAACAGAAUAGGUAGGAAAUGGUUUUUGUUUUUUACUUAAACAUGACUUACAGAAUUAUGUACAAUGGAUGGAUUAAAGGCAUUUAAUAUUUGUAAUUCAUACUAACUGUAGAAAUGGCCCUAAAGCAUGCUGCAUAAUUAGUAAUUUAUAUUUUCAUUAUUAUGUUUUUAUUAAUGAUCUUGCUUUGAUUGUAUCAAACUCAUCACCAUUUCAUAGCAACAAUAUUGUUUUGUUUUUUUUCUCUGACUUCCCUAAAAUAAUCCCGUUCACUAUGGAUACAAACUGUAAUUGGAAGAGAAACCAAUGUCUGUUCGUUAUCCACACGUAUCAGUUGUUACCGAUUUUAUGAAUACUAUAUAGAGUUCAUAUGCUGACUCCAUGGAUAUGUACAACUGAGAAGAAAGGAAUAGAUUGUUAUUCUGCCAUUAGUUCAAAAUAAUGUCACUGCAGUCUGGGUAAGUUACAGAUAUUUGAAAUAAAAUCUCUGAAAAUGAUUAAGCAUACUUAAAUGCUAUUAAAGUGCAGAGCAAUAGGGCUUAAGUGUUUCACACUUAAUACACAUUUAGAUGAUUUUCUUUGCUCUAACAUAUUGUUAAAUAUUGUUUUCAGACACUGUAAUUUAAAAUUAGUGUGAGCAUUUGUUGUAAAUUCACAAAAACUCAGUAAUGUUCAAGUUCUCAGGAAGUAAGGACUAACCAUUAUCUUUGUCUGUUCUAAUUAAGUUUUAUAAAGGAUGGCAAGUUUGUUACCUCACUUGAGUGGGACUUCCCUCUCCCGAUUCUAAGAAAAUAUAAUAUGCAUAAUAAAACCUUAAUAAAUAUAAUUUCAAAAAUUUACUUCCUUCCCCUAAUGUUUAUGUUCAAAAUUGAAUGUCUUAAACCAGUACUUCUUAACAUUAACCUUUUUGGAGUCCCCUUUAAUAAAUACAGGGAAUCAAUACUUGCACGUGUAUAUGUAAAAAUUUCAAGUAUAAAAUUGGUAUUGGCACCGCU